CCGGUAAACCAAACAAGUCCGGCGAAUGUAACCGCCGCAUUUUGAUUUAAAUUUUUUAGCAGUUUCGUGAAUUUUCCCCAAAACGCAAUGUUGCACGAGCUUCUUCUAGCUCUCUUAGGCUUCACCGGCGAUCUCAUCGUCGACGAGCGAGAGCAACGGAAAACCCUAGGCCUCGCUUUCAACUCCGAUUCACCUCUCUCUGAUGAAUGUACCUUCAAACUCGCUCCUGACAUCUCCUUCAUCGAACCCAGCGAAAGGGACUUGAUCGAGAGGUUGAUCAAGCUAGGGUUCUACUAUCGAGAGCUCGACCGUUUUGCGAAGAAGUCUCGCAAUCUGAGCUGGAUUAGGUCUGUAACCGGUGUGCAUCCGUUGGAACGGGCUGAUGAAUUGUCGAAGCAGGGUAGAGAGAAGAAGCCUAGCGUGUACCGUAGAGCCAUUGCUAAUGGAAUUGGGGAGAUUCUGUCGGUCUAUAGAUCUGCGGUUCUUCACAUUGAACAGAAGCUAUUGGCGGAGACUACGCCUAUUCUGGCUACGGUUACACAGGGGCUCAAUAAGUUUUUCGUUCUUUUUCCGCCCCUCUAUGAGGUAAUUCUUGAGAUUGAGCGUGAUGAUAUUCGUGGAGGGCAGCUUCUGAAUGUAUUGAAUAAAAGGUGUCAUUGUGGUGUGCCUGAAUUGAGGACUUGUCUCCAAAGGCUUCUUUGGCAUGGACAUCAGGUCAUGUAUAAUCAGCUUGCGGCUUGGAUGGUUUAUGGGAUUCUCCAGGAUCCUCAUGGAGAAUUUUUCAUCAAGAGGCAGGAAGAUGGGGAUUUAGAUCAUCGCUCAUCUCAGGAAGAGAUAUCUGAAAAGUUGGCUCGUACCUCAGUUCAUGAGACAUCUUUAACUGAUUGGCACUCUGGAUUUCACAUUUCUUUGGAUAUGUUACCUGAUUAUAUUUCUAUGCGUCUUGGUGAAUCAAUUCUUUUUGCGGGGAAAGCCAUAAGAGUUUUGCGAAAUCCCAGUCCUGCUUUCCAGUUCCAGAAGGACAAAAGUUUUCAGCAAACAAUGCGUGGCUCCCAGAGAAUUCAGGGAUUUAUGCAUAGUGAUUUCCCUGAAACGGAAACUGAGUUAGAUGCAGAUCUUACAGGGGCAGAGUUACUUCCACAAUCUGAGGCAGACAAGAUUGAAGCUAUGCUCAAAGAAUUAAAGGAAUCAUCUGAGUUUCACAAGAGAUCAUUCGAGUGUACUGUUGAUUCUGUUCGAGCAAUAGCAGCCAGUCAUCUUUGGCAGCUUGUCGUUGUGCGUGCUGAUCUCAGUGGUCAUCUUAAAGCUCUGAAAGAUUAUUUCCUCUUAGAAAAAGGAGAUUUCUUUCAGUGCUUUCUGGAGGAGAGUCGUCAGUUGAUGCGUUUGCCACCUCGCCAGUCAACUGGAGAAUCUGAUCUUAUGGUACCGUUUCAGUUGGCUGCAACAAAAACCAUUGCGGAGGAAGAUAAGUAUUUCUCUAGGGUAUCCCUACGGAUGCCGUCAUUUGGAGUCACAGUCAGAUCUUCUCAAGCUGACAUGGCGAGAUCUAAAAUAUCUCUCGCCGGGAAGGCAAAUCUUACAUCAGACACCUCUGUGGAUGGCUGGGACGCUAUUGCUCUGGAGUAUUCUGUUGAUUGGCCCAUGCAACUGUUUUUCACUCAAGAAGUGCUUUCUAAGUAUCUCAAGGUGUUUCAAUAUUUGAUACGGCUAAAGAGAACUCAGAUGGAAUUGGAGAAAUCAUGGGCUUCUGUAAUGCAUCAAGAUCAUAUAGAAUCUGCUCAACAUCGGAAAGAUGGUAUAAACGGAUCAACAUCUCAACAAAGAAGACAAGGAAUACGGCCCAUGUGGCGUGUUAGAGAGCACAUGGCAUUUCUGAUAAGGAAUCUUCAGUUUUACAUUCAGGUUGACGUGAUAGAAUCUCAAUGGAAGGUGUUGCAAACUCACAUCCACGAUUCUCAAGAUUUCACUGAACUCGUUGGCUUCCAUCAAGAGUAUCUCUCCGCUCUUAUCUCACAAUCUUUCCUCGACAUUGGUUCCGUCUCAAGGAUACUCGAUAGCAUCAUGAAACUCUGUCUCCAGUUCUGCUGGAACAUUGAGAGUCAAGAAAGCAAUCCAAACACUUCGGAACUUGAAAACAUAGCUGAGGAAUUCAACAAGAAGUCGAAUUCCUUGUACACCAUACUGAGAAGCAGCAAACUCGCCGGGAGCCAGAGAGCCCCGUUCUUGAGACGUUUUCUUUUACGCCUAAAUUUCAAUUCCUUUUACGAGGCAACUGCAAGGGGCGUGUUGAAUGUUGUCCGACAACGCCCAGCUCUUCCAUUGUAAAGCUCAUUUCGAAGCUUUUUCAGAUAUGAGCUUUUGAAGGUUUUGCAACAACAUUGACACGCUAAGAUAGAUUGGUCUGAUCCUCAAACCAGGAUCACAUGACGCCACCAAUGGAAUAUACAUAAAUAUAUGUUGACAGAGUUUUUGCUCACACGCCUUUCCUUUGUAAGAAUCUGUGUGCUCCGACUUUAGUCCCAAGAACAAAAACUGCCAGCUGUG